CCGGUGCGCGCGUUCGGGCCGCUGAGCGUUACCGAGUUUUAAGAUAACUGACCACUGCCGUUGAAACCUUUCUUUCAUCUGAUAUCUCAACCGUUGGUCCUUAACAUCGCUAGCAUGUCGAACCUCAGUAAACUGAACGUUUUAAUGUGUGGUACUGGAGAGUACACCACUGGAUGGACUGGUUCUGGAGCCUCUACAUCCGACAAGAAGAUUGGGGUCGUUGGCCUUACGAUGUUCGAUCUUCGAAGGUUAGGCAAAAUCGGUAAACUCGCAAUGGUCGGCGUUAAUGGUGGAAAAUUCCCCGCUAUACGCCAACACUUGCGAGAGAACAUCGAGAAUGUUUACAAGGAAAUGGAUACCUCCUUUGAUGAGUACCCAAAAGAGGCAAAUGUUGAUCCUGAGGCUUGUGAGUUGGUUAGAAAUGCACUGCACGGAUGUCUUACCCUCCUAGACAAGGAGGCCAUCGACAAAAUGUCUCCCGGAGAUGCUGUCAUCGUGUUUACCCCUGACAGCACUCACUACCCCAUUAGCUUGUAUGCGAUUGAACGUGGCAUCCAUGUUCUCAUCACUAAACCCGCAACCAAAUUGCUAUCACAUCACAACGCACUUGUUGCAGCUGCAAGAAAGCACAACGUUGUCUGCUUUGUGGAGCAUCAUAAGCGCUUUGAUCCAGUGUAUAGUGAUGCCAAAGCCAGAGCACAGGCACUUGGCGAAUUCAACUUCUUCAACGCAUGGAUGAGCCAGCCGAAGAGUCAGCUAGAAACCUUCCGCGCUUGGGCUGGCAAGGAUUCAGACAUCAGCUAUUAUCUCUCGUCACAUCAUAUUGACAUUUGCUGCUGGAUUCUCCAAGACAAAGCAAUACCCACUCGAGUAGUUGCCAGUGCAGCGACCGGCAUUGCAACGGGGGAGCCAUACAACUGUGUCCCUCAAACAGAAGACACCAUCACGCUCCUCGUUGACUGGCAGUCGAUUACGAGCUCGGCACACAAGGGCACGGCAGUUUACACGGCAUCUUGGACUGCACCUUUGAAGGCGGGUAUUCACUCUGCCCAGCACUGGUAUUAUAUGGGUUCUAAGGUGGGUCGGUCUCGCGACUGUCUUUUUUGUACCAACGUAAAUCCACUGGAAUCCACUGGUGAUGUUUUGCAGGGUGACAUAAACGUUGACCAAGCUCACCGUGGGUAUGAUAUUACCGUUGACGAAACUGGGAAGACAUGGUACAAUCCCUUCUAUAUGAAGUAUUCACCGUCGGAGAGCGGUCACUUUGAUGGGCAACGAGGCUACGGAUAUAUUUCUAUCGAAAAGUUCAUCGAUGCCGCCCGAGAAGUCAACGCCGGUAUUGCCAAACCCUCCGAUUAUGACGGUCACGGCUAUCCGACUAUCGCUAACACCGUGCUCACGACUGCUAUUCUCAAUGCUGGCCGUAUCAGUCUGGACGAGAAGAGAGCUGUUGGUAUCAAGAAGAGCGGAGACGAAUGGAUACUAGAAUGAGAGAGGUUUGCCUUGACGAUCUUCCAUGCAACAAUAAUUUUCUUGUGUACCGAGGUUGUUGUCCUCAAAAAAAUCAGCGUAUUGUAUGAAUAUGAAGCCCGAGUUCCGUGCCA